AACUCACACGAGGGAGAGAGAGUACAGAACAGAGUAGUCUCUCAGAAGAACAAGGAAAAAGAAGUCGUCGUUGUCGUCUUUCUUUGGCCGGCCAAGAUGAUGCCGCCGGAGCUCCAACCACGCUCCUUCCGACCAUACAUAUCGUCAUCGCUGAGCGCCCCUUCUUUCUCCUCCUUCAGCAAUGGCUCCCCACCUUACUCCUCCUCCGAUCGAGGCCCUGACUUGGACCCUUCUUCAACUUCUAGAUCUCUCAACAAUUCCCGUUUCACCCCAGCUUCCUUUGCUCACAAUCUCAGAAUCUCCGUCGCUCUCCUCCCCUGCGCCGCCUUCCUCCUCGACCUCGGUGGCACACCCGUCCUUGCCAUUCUCACCCUCGGCCUCAUGAUCUCAUACAUCGUCGACUCCCUCAACUUCAAGACCGGUGCCUUCUUCGGUGUCUGGUUUUCCCUCAUCUUCGCUCAGAUCGCCUUUUUCUUCACAUCCUCUCUCUUAUCCACCUUCAAUUCCCUCCCUCUCGCCAUCCUCGCCGCCUUACUCUGCGCCCACACCAAUUUCCUCAUCGGCGUCUGGGCUUCCCUUCAGUUCAAGUGGAUUCAAAUCGAGAACCCUUCCAUUGUUCUCGCCCUCGAGCGCCUUCUCUUCGCCUGCAUCCCCUUCCCGGCUUCCGCCCUCUUCACUUGGGCCACCAUCUCCGCCGUCGGCAUCCAAAAUGCCUCGUACUAUCUUAUGUCCUUUAACUGCCUCUUCUACUGGCUCUACUCUAUCCCUCGAGUUUCUUCUUUCAAAACCAAGCAGGAAGCCAAGUACCACGGCGGACAGGUUCCCGAAGAUAAUUUCAUUCUGGGGCCUCUCGAUUCCUGCUUUCACACACUCAAUUUGCUCUUCUUUCCUCUUCUCUUCCACAUUGCCUCUCACUACGCCAUUCUCUUCUCUUCCGCUGCCGCCGUUUCUGAUCUGUUCCUCCUCUUCUUCAUUCCAUUCUUGUUCCAACUCUAUGCCUCCACCCGGGGCGCGCUUUGGUGGGUGUCUAAGAAUCCUCAACAUCUUCACAGCAUUCGGGUCAUGAACGGUGCUAUUGCUUUGAUUGUCGUCGUUAUCUGCUUGGAGAUUAGAGUUGUCUUCCAUUCCUUGGGCCGCUACAUUCAGGUGCCUCCGCCGUUGAAUUACCUUCUUGUUACCACGGCCAUGCUUGGAGGAGCUUCCGCAGCUGGUGCCUAUGCUUUGGGCAUGGUUUCUGAUGCUUUCAGCUCCCUGGCUUUCACUUUUUUGGCUGUUGUAGUUAGUGCUGCUGGGGCAAUCGUUGUGGGUUUUCCUCUAGUGUUCGUUCCAUUACCGUCUGUAGCUGGCUUCUACUUGGCUCGUUUUUUCACAAAAAAGAGCCUGCCAUCGUACUUUGCCUUUGUUGUGCUAGGGAGCUUGAUGGUCAUGUGGUUUGUGAUGCAUAAUUUCUGGGAUUUGAAUAUCUGGAUAGCAGGCAUGUCACUGAAAUCUUUUUGUAAACUUGUAACUGCAAAUGUUAUUUUGGCCAUGGCUGUUCCUGGUAUUGCCCUCCUUCCUCCAAAACUUCACUUUUUGACGGAGGCUUGUUUAAUUGCUCACGCACUGCUGCUUUGCCACAUUGAGAACCGAUUUUUCAAUUAUUCUGGUAUUUACUACUACGGCUUUGAGGAUGAUGUGAUGUAUCCAAGCUAUUUGGUUGUUGUAACAACACUUGUGGGUGUGGCUCUAACUAGAAGACUAUCCGUUGAUCAUCGGAUUGGUUCAAAGGCAGUUUGGAUAUUGACCUGCUUGUACUCUUCCAAGCUUGCUAUGUUGUUAAUUACAUCAAAGUCUGUUGUAUGGGUGUCUGCCAUCCUCUUAUUAGCUGUUUCUCCGCCACUACUUCUGUACAGGGACAAGUCAAGAACAGCCUCUAAGAUGAAAGUUUGGCAAGGCUAUGCACAUGCUGGUGUGGUUGCUUUAACUGUCUGGUUUUGUCGUGAAACAAUCUUUGAAGCUCUCCAAUGGUUGAAUGGGAGAUCCCCGUCUGAUGGUUUACUCUUGGGUUUCUGUAUUGUUUUGACGGGCUUGGCGUGUGUACCCAUAGUUGCACUGCACUUCUCUCAUGCCCUGUCUGCUAAGAGAUGCCUAGCACUGAUAGUUGCAACAGGUUUAUUGUUUAUCCUGAUGCAACCACCCAUUCCUAUUCCUUUAUCAUGGACCUACCGAUCUGACUUAAUCAAAGCUGCCCGACAGUCUACUGAUGACAUUUCCAUAUAUGGCUUUGUGGCACCAAAGCCUACAUGGCCAGCUUGGCUGCUUAUUGUUGCAAUUUUGCUUACACUGGCAGCUGUUACAUCAGUCAUACCAAUUAAGUAUAUUGUUGAGUUAAGGGUGUUUUACUCCAUUGCUAUGGGUAUUUCUUUGGGUGUGUACAUUUCUGCCGAGUACUUCCUUCAGGCAGCUGUCCUCCAUGCUCUCAUUGUUGUGACCAUGGUCUGUGCUUCUGUGUUUGUGGUCUUCACUCAUUUCCCUUCUGCCUCCAGCACAAAGCUUCUACCGUGGGUAUUUGCUUUACUUGUAGCACUCUUUCCAGUAACAUACCUUUUGGAGGGUCAAGUGAGAAUCAAAAGUAUCUUUGGAGAAAGUGGGGUCGGAGAAAUGGGUGAAGAAGACAAGAAGUUUACCACUCUACUAGCUGUUGAGGGAGCGAGGACAUCUCUUCUUGGUCUGUAUGCUGCAAUCUUUAUGCUUAUAGCUCUUGAGGUAAAGUAUGAACUUGCUUCACUAUUGCGUGAAAAAGCUUUAGAAAGGGGGGGAAUUAGACAUGUUCAAUCUGGUCAAAGCACAUCAUCCUCUAGUUAUCCUCCAAGAAUGAGAUUCAUGCAACAUCGGCGAGCAUCUACUGUGUCUAACUUCACAAUCAAGAGGAUGGCCAGUGAGGGAGCCUGGAUGCCUGCAGUUGGUAACGUUGCUACCGUAAUGUGCUUUGCUAUAUGCCUCAUCUUGAAUGUAAAUCUCACGGGUGGCUCAAACCGUGCAAUAUUUUUCCUGGCACCUAUUUUGCUACUUCUCAACCAGGACUCUGAUUUUGUGGCGGGAUUUGGGGACAAGCAAAGAUAUUUUCCUGUGGCUGUAGUCAUAUCAGUCUACUUGGCCAUGACUGCUCUGUACAGCAUAUGGGAAGAAGUUUGGCAUGGUAAUGCAGGCUGGGGCUUGGAAAUUGGUGGGCCGGAUUGGUUCUUUGCGGUGAAGAAUUUGGCUCUCCUCAUUCUCACUUUCCCCAGUCAUAUCCUUUUCAACAGGUUUGUGUGGAGUUAUACUAAGCAAACAGACUCAACGCCGUUGAUAACUCUCCCUCUAAAUCUUCCAUCUGUGAUAAUCACAGAUAUUCUGAAAAUUAGGAUAUUGGGUUUGUUAGGAAUCAUUUAUUCUCUGGCCCAGUAUCUGAUCUCUAGACAACAGUAUCUCUCUGGAUUAAAGUAUAUUUAGGCAACACAGAAUCUGUAGACUGUACACUAUGUUUUUGGCAAAUAUUUCAAGUGAGGUGAAAGUUGGAGUUCUUCACUUGCUUCUUUCACAGUCCUUACUCUUUUUUGUUUGGGCUUUUGAAUGCGUGGAAUUGCUAGAACCAUUAUCCAUUACCUUUUUGAGUUAUUAUUAGCAAAAACAUUCAAAUAUGUCAACUAACCUUGUAAACGUUACUGAUGGUUCCUCCUGGUGUGUCCCUUGCUGCACUUGGUUGUCUAACCAUUUUAACUGAACAUUUUGACUUGAUGUUGUAUUAAACCUGGCAUAUCCACCAUAAGGAGGAUUCUGGAGCAA